AUGUAUGGGUUUCCAGUAAAAUGUGGAAGAUUUGUCAAGAAACGAAAGCGAGUUGCAGUUGUGAUUGGAGAUACAUCGGAAGAAGAAGAAGAGGAGACUGCUGCCAGAAAGACUCGGAAAAAGAGUAAGAAGAGCAACACCAAACCUAAUCGCAAACCAACAAAUCAAUCAAAGGGUUCUUCAAAGGAUAAGCACUUAUCCAAAAACGUCACUACUGCCAUCUUGCGAGCCGAUUCAGGUGAAGAGGACGAGGUUAUAGCUAUUAAGAGCCAAAAACUUCAAGACAGUCGAAGCGAACUAGAUAAACUUCGGGCCUAUUUUGAUGCUCCCAUCUACGAACUGAAGGAUGUGAGUGGCAGCUUCUAUGUUCUCACAUCCUUACUCAGUGUCAUCUAA